ACCCCUUGGUUCUGUUAAAUGUCACAACGUCAGUGUUGUCAAUAGUUUAUUUCGCAUCGAAAGAUACUGGCUUCUUAAUUCGAUACACUUUCUUGUUCGCACUCUUCGUUAUAUAGGCCAAUUUAUACUUUUAGUUUUAAGUCAUCAUCAUGAUCCUGAACCACAUUUAGCGUGUUGUUAAUCCCAGAGCGAAGAAUGUUAAUUUAAGUCCUUGCCAUCAAAAUGUUGACGAAGAUUUCUCGAGGAGCAAAAUCUAUAUGUUUGUCUUGUCGGUGUCGCAAUACUGCCUCAUGGAGAGAGAAAGAUUCUGGAGAGUCAGGCAGGGCCAGACUCGUAGACCUCAAAUGUGUUUCGCAUUUUAAGCCCAACAAGGAUUGCAUCUCUGCUGUGAUCUAUCUACUCAUCGGAGCAAGCGUUGUAUCAACCCUUGCUCUCUGGCAGCUUAUGGUAUUCAACAGCUCAACAGGAUCCCAAGCAAAUUACCGGGCAGUAAGAAGUCUUGAUACCGGAGGCCUUAGAGAUCUCUUCGAUUUAUCCAAUGUUAACGAAGACCUGAGGAACCUAUUCGUGGUUGAGCCUGCUCAGGACCAGUCCAAGUUCAAGGCUCAGAUGCUGGAACAAGACAAGAUUGUUGAACAGUACGAAAGGGAUGAAAAAGAAAGAAAAAAGGACAUCGAAGUUCCGCAAGAAACAGGACACCAUAGUUACCAUGGUUACGGUCCCUUUUCAUGCACUUCGAAACCGAUAUGUCCGGAAAUUGAUAUACCCGGUCUUGUUGGUAAAAGAAAGCUUGAUCUGAAGGAUAUAACCAUGAAGAAUGCAGAGGACCUUAUUUUUGGACCAUUGGCGGAGAGGGUUCGGGAUGGGGUGAAACGAGCCAAUGACACUCUCCGUAAGAAGCUCGUCGAUCCCAAGACUGGAAACAUCAGUCACGUUGAUUGGCUGUUCGAUCAAGUGAUUGAACCGGAAGCACUAAAUGUUAGCAAAUACUGGUAUCUUCCGGGAGGACAUUGGAAACCAGUGGAUUGUUUACCAAGAUGGAAGGUUGCCGUUUUAAUACCAUUCAGAGAUCGAUUCCAUCAUCUUCCAAUUAUUCUCCGUUACCUGGUACCAAUGCUUCAAAGACAACUCCUCGAAUUCAGCUUCUUUAUCAUUGAGCAGGCUAAUCAAGACCUCUUCAACCGCGCGAUGCUCAUGAAUAUUGGAUACCUCGAAUCUCUCAACUUUACCGACUACGAUUGUUUCGUCAUUCAUGACGUCGACCACGUACCUUUGGACGAUCGUAAUUAUUACGGCUGUUCCGGUAUGCCUAGGCAUUUUGUCUCCGGGGCUGACAGAUGGAACUACAAAUUACCAUAUGAUAACUUCUUCGGAGCUGUUACGGGUCUAACAAAAGGCAACAUUCGAAGCAUCAAUGGUUUCCCCAAUGUCUACUGGGGAUGGGGAGGUGAGGACGAUGAAAUAUGGAAGCGGGUUAAAGACGUUGGACUCGAAAUCACUCGCCAUAAAGGACCUAUCGCCCAUUAUGACGUCAUCAGGCAUCAUCACAAAAGCGCACCACUGGCAAAAGACAGAUAUAGUUUACUGAAAAAUUUCAAUAACCGGUACAAGAUGGAUGGGCUAUCCGACAUCAUCUACCCGACACCUAUUUACGACUUGCACACCCUGUACACUAACAUCAGCGUGGAUAUCCGUCGGAUCAAACCUCAUUAUCCGAUGCCAGCGCCCAAGGCUGGGAACCAAGGCGAUCUAGCUAAGAAGAUUUCUGGACUUGCGAUGAAAGCCAAGGUGGCCAGCAGGAAAGCAGGAGUCCGCAGGCAUGUCGUGAAAGCUCCGGCAGAAGCCAAGAAGGAGUCGCAGCCGAAUGCGGAUACAGGCAAAGAGCAAAAUGGCGGUGCGAACGACAAGCCUGAGAAAGACAAGACGGAAGGACAUGAGAAGGAUGAUGGAGAAAAGAAAGAAAAUAAUGGAGGAGCGGAGAUGAAGGAGGAGAAAGGGGAUGAAACGGGGGUGGUUUAAGGAGAAGAGACGGGAGAUGCUGUGGCAAAGGAGGUUGAUGCAAACUAGCCAAAGUGGAAAUGUUUUCAUGGUCUAACAUUUUCACAUUGGUUUUACCAAUGGCUUUACCAUUAUCACAGAUAAAAUGUCAUUGAUUGACGUUUUUUUGUUCACAUAAUAAUAGACUUAUAUGCAAGAUGUUACAUGGCGCUUUGCAAUGUUUUCAAAGCGCUGGGUUCCCUUGACUGUAUUUUACAUAUUAUUUUCUAAUAGACCUAUGGACAUUUUUGCAGAGGUUGAAAAUCUCUGAAUGUCCCACACCCGGGGUCCCACAUUUAAGGUGCGCGAUAUUUCCGACUUCGGCCCUUAAUUAGACCAAAUAUACACCUCCAUAAUAUUGUUACUGUCAUGCUUUUUUACAUGUAUGUAGGGCAGGUAAUGAUCCCAAUUACAAUAGAACCAUGAUCCACAUCUGAUGGAAAUAAUACAUUGCACCGGCUUACGGUCCAGAAGCUUUAAUACAUUUCUCAGACACAAUAUACACAUCUCUGGGAGAAAAUGAAGUGAAAAUAAAUGGGAUAAUGCAAUUAAAUUUGUCAAAUAAAUUUUUCAUGAUGGGGGGGGGGUGGCCAUUUCAAUACUGAUCCUUCAUUUACUUGAAAUUUAUAAUGAUAUAGGGUAUUUAUAUUGCGCACCUUGUUAGGUGCUCAAGGCGCUCCUAUAUUACCCGGCUAAUCUAAGCGUUAA